GCUGGAGGGCGUAUGCCGGUUGGAAGUGGAAGGCAUAUAGGCUGACAUCGGAGAUCUACUGAAUGAGUUCCUGGCAGCGGCAAGCGCAAUGCAAUAUAGGGGCCGUGGCUGAGCUGGAGCCCAAUUUAAGGCGGAAACUAUUUGAAUAUUUCGCUGUUCGUCUUUUCUUGCCUUCAGGUCCGCGUUGAGAACCCCGAAGAGAGACGAUGUCGGUGCUUGCGCUGCAAGAGUACGAAUUUGAGAGGCAAUUCAAUGAAGACGAAGCCAUCCGGUGGAUGCAAGAGAACUGGAAGAAAUCCUUCCUGUUCUCCGCGCUGUACGUGGCGUGCAUCCUAGGCGGCCGACAUGUGAUGAAACAGCGGGAAAAGUUUGAGCUGCGGAAACCACUGGUGCUGUGGUCGCUCACGCUCGCUGUCUUCAGUAUAUUUGGUGCCAUAAGGACCGGGAGCUUCAUGAUGUACAUCCUGAUGACGAAAGGCCUGAAACAGUCUGUGUGCGACCAGAGCUUCUACAAUGGACCGGUCAGCAAGUUCUGGGCCUACGCCUUUGUCCUAAGCAAGGCUCCAGAACUAGGAGACACUCUGUUCAUCGUGCUGAGGAAACAGAAGCUGAUCUUCCUGCACUGGUACCACCACAUCACCGUGCUGCUCUACUCCUGGUACUCCUACAAGGACAUGGUGGCGGGGGGCGGCUGGUUCAUGACCAUGAACUACCUGGUGCACGCCGUCAUGUACUCCUACUACGCCCUGAGGGCCGCCGGCUUUCGGGUCUCCCGCAAGUUCGCCAUGUUCAUCACGCUGACGCAGAUCACCCAGAUGGUGAUGGGCUGCGUGGUGAACUACCUGGUGUACUCGUGGAUGCAGCAGGGCCACGAGUGCCCCUCGCACAUGCAAAACAUCGUCUGGUCCUCGCUCAUGUACCUCAGCUACUUUGUGCUCUUCUGCCAGUUCUUCUUCGAGGCCUACAUCGACAAGUCCAAGCGAAACGCCGCUGCUAAAGCGGCGGCCGCCACCGCUGCUGCCACCACCGCUGCUGCCACCGGCGCCAUCACCUCCCCCGGCACCCGCACCGCCAAGGCCACCACAGCUGCCACCGAGAAGAAGAGCAAGUAAAAAGAAGUUAAAAAAGAAAACGGAAGGAAGAGUUUACUAGAAAGGGAGGGGAAGGACUGGGGUGUUUGAUAUAAAACAGCAGCUGUGGAGAUGAGAUGGAGGUGAGGACCAAAGACAGAGGGGGAGAUAGAGGGGAAGAGUGGAGGAGUGGAAAGGAGGGAGGACAGAAGGAGGAGAGGGAGAGCAGGGGGGGAUGCAGGGGGUGAGGGUGGGAUUUGCUGUUGAAGCUUUGUGCACAGUACUAACGCAUAGAGAUCAGCCCCCCCCCCCCACCAUCGGAUGGAAACAGAGGGGGAGGGGGGAGUGACUAAGCAGCGCUGCACUGAGGAAUCAUUACUAUGACAACAGACAGUGUCUUUAUGUGAUGUUUAUGUGCCCAAGGCGAUUCUCUAUGUUUAAAGAAAACACAUAAAUUAAUAAAUGACAGAAAUGUUAAAAGGGAACUAAUAGAGUUGAUGGUCGGUGUGAAGGAGAGGAACUGUUGGAAGGGAACCGAGGGAGUCUUGGGGAACUGGAGAACAGGGAGAGGUGGAGUCAUCGUUAAAAGUGUUGUUCUGUUCCUCAUUUCUUUGUCGGCAACAUCAAAGUGGUAAAUGUCAAGUUUUUUUAUUCUUAUUCUUAUUUAAUUUGAUUGUUUAGACGCUAGUACGUGCGAUAGCUUUGUACAGAAGUGGUUUUGACUGAGAACACGGUAAACCAUGUGAUCAGGUGGGAUUGGAAGAGACUUUCUGUGUUCUGCGUCACUAAACACCCAGUUCUCUCAGGUCCUAGAUCCUCCUCUGUUUGACGUGCAUAUCACUGCAGAAAAAAAAGCAUAAUUGUGUCACUGGUGAGAUUGGCCAAUGUCAACAUCAUUAUUAAAAAAAUUCAAAAAUAAAUAUGCAUUGGGAAGACCUUCUGAAACCAGAGCACAUCAGCAACAUCAAAGAACUUUGGGGGGAAAAAAUGACCAAAUGACCUUUUUUUCCAUGGCAAAGACUCUUCUUUCUGGAUGCAUUCUUAGAGAGAGUUUUAUCAGUGCAAUUCUGGUGCUGAUGCUGGCUCUGGCACAGGGACAGACAAACACACAACCUGAGAGCCAGCCAACCAGCCAGUCCUCCCAGUCCCCAAAAAAAAAAAGAAAAGCUAAACGUGAAGCUAAUGAAGCUAAAAACAUUCAAUGGUGGUCAAGUGCACUGUAACCCAUUUCUGAGUAACCCCUACUUUCAUUGAAUGGUGUCCGUUGUGCUAUUGUGCAUUUGCACUGUAAACAUGUAAAGCAUCAGUAGUUUAUUUUAACAAGAACCAGGUGUAUUAAAGAAGAAAAAAAAAAGAAGUCUUGUGCUUUUAGUGUGAUGUUAAACUCUACAGAUGCUGCAGUUUUUGUGGUUAUGCUCCAUUCAGCCAAAGUCCUAAUGCCCUUCGACUCAAAGGUGGGAAUCAUGAAGUCUAGAUGAGGAUUGCACGUGAUAAAGCGCACAGUCUGGGUAAGGGCACAGCAGGGCAACAACACCAGCACGCAUUCCAGUGCUGAGGGAGAAUGUUCCGCUACGUCUUGUUUCUCUUUUCAGCUUUCAGCGCAGCCAAUUUGAUCCACUGAUUCCAUACUGGUCUAACACAGUGCAACAAGUAGUCCUCUUCGGCCAGAGUAAACACCUGACUAGGUGUGGGGCCCAAAGACAUCCCCACAUGGCAAAAAUGGUAGUCUUUCAACUUAGUCUAGAAGCGCCAUAACCAGUACUUACCAAAGCAUCAUAUCAAAUGCCUUAAAAAGAGUCAUUGCCAAUGUUCACCAGAAAUGUGCUCCCCCCCCCAGAAAAUGUGCAACGUCUGUGACCUCAAUGGUGGAACAAAAAAAAUGGCAUGACAUGACCCAGGGAUCUUUCCAACAACGGGCCCUCUGAAUCUUUUAAGACUGACCCCCCUCCUUGUUACCCCCUGCCUACCAAAGUGCAGACCUGGUAGUACAGUCUCACAGUUGACCUUUAUGGGAAUUAUGCUGAAAUGGGUGUCUGGCCUUCUGUUCAAGUCGAGGAUGAGAAAAGACACACAGUCUUGCUUAGUAAAGAAUUUUAUUUGCACACAAUCAUUUUGCAUAUACUACAGACUGUACGUCAUUUUUUUUUUUUUUUUUAAUAACUACUAAUCUCCCUCAGGUCAGCAGCCAGAUGUGUGUGAGUUGUGUGGUUGGAGUCUGACCUCUCAAUUGAGAUCUGCUUUUGUGAGGGCUAUCAUGCAUAUUAAAAACAAAAUGGCUACCUUUC